UCAACGUCAAAAGUCGGCCAGAUAAAACGGGUUAAAGCCGAAAGACAUCUUUAUAAAGCCGAAAGGACACUCCGCGCCAAACACCAUGACAACAACCGGAUGGCCGAAUGUCUCUAGGAAACACACGAGCUUCAGCACGGGGUCGUCCCGCCCAGCAAGGAGACGGCAGGGCUCAAGUCGGUUGUCGCUUAGCUCUAUACACAGCCAGGACUCGAGACUUGCGGACGCCGAAGAAGAGUUUCUGCACGCGGCGGAAUUUGGGGAUAUUCCGACAGUGCGCAGCCUUCUGGUUGAUAACCCCGAGCUGAACGUGGACUGUAUUGACGUUUUGGGACGAACCGCUCUCCGUCUCGCCGUUAAGAAUGAACACCUGGAGGUUGUGGAGGUUUUGCUGGAGAAGUCCAGCGGCCGUCAUAUCUGCGAAGCGGUUUUGCAGGCCAUCAGCGCCGGGCACGUGCAGAUUGCAGAGAGCAUCCUCAAACACAAACGAUACCUCGAGAUCUGGAAAGACAGAAAGAAGUUUGGAGAUGACGAUCACUUUUUCAAGACCCAGUUUGAGGACUCCCAGUUCUCUCCAGACAUCACACCUCUAAUCCUGGCCGCACAGAAGAACCAGUAUGAGAUUGUGCAGCUGCUUCUGCUUCGAGGGGAGAGAAUUCAGAAACCACACAAGUUUGGCUGUCUAUGCCAGGAAUGUGUAAACAAGAGUAAGUUUGACCAGCUGCGGUCGGCCAAGUAUCGUUUGAGCGCAUACAGGGGGCAGGCGAGCGAGGCGUAUAUAUCCCUCUCCAGCAAGGACCCCAUCCUUACAGCAUUCCAACUCUCUAAAGACUUCCGAAGCCUUUCAAAGGAGGAAAAAUAUUUCAAGCAAGAGUACAGAGAGCUAUCCAACCAGCUGAGCGAGUACGUGGUGAAACUGUUGGAUCGGGUCAGGACACAAGACGAACUGGAGUUGGUUUUAAACAAAGCGGGGGAGCCCAGUGAGGAAAAGUACUCCUCUCUUGCCAGGCUUAAACUUGCCGUGCAGUAUAAAGAGAAACGGUUCGUUUCACACCCGAGCUGCCAACAGCGGUUGGACAAGAGUUGGUUCGAGGGGACAGACACGUUUAUGAAGGCGGGUGUGAUGAAGAGGGUGGCCAUGGUUUUUCUCUUCCUCCUUGCCUACCCCGCCCUCACGUUCCUCUACAUACUGGCACCCAAGACUAGCAUCAAGGCUCUCCGGGUCCUCCAGUUUCCAUGGGUGAAGUUCGCGAUGCACUCGUCCUCCUUCAUCGCCUUCCUCCUCAUGAUCGUCAUCCACACCUCUCAGUCCACAUAUUUCAACAGGCAGAACUACACACUGGCUUCCCUGUAUCCGUCUGUAUUCCGGAAGUACGUCACGAUGCGGAAUAUCUCUGAGGAAUACGAGUACGGUGCCGAUCUGCCCAUCCGGCCCCUCAUGCCCACACCAGUACAGCUUCUCAUAUCGAUCUGGGUUAUCGGUUUCCUGUACCACGAGUGUGUCCAGAUCUACCACGAGGGCCUCAACUCUUACUGCUCCUCCCUCUACAACCUCAUGGACUUCGCCCUUCUCAUGGUUUACACCUGCUCCUUCUCGCUCAUGUACCUCACCAUAUUCAAGGUCCAUUUUGCCAUCAACUACUUCAUCAACACAGACGUGAUGAGCAUCAUGGGGAACUCGGCAAAAACCCAGUACAGUCUGUAUUGGAUCGUAUCAGACCGCUUUUUCUGGAAAACCUGGGACCCUAUCAACCUGUCAGAGGGCCUUUUUGCUGUGGCGAACGUGCUCAGUUUCUCCCGGAUCUCCUACUUCCUGCCCGUGAACGCCGCCCUCGGCCCUCUGCAGAUCUCCGUAGGACGCAUGAUGAAGGACAUCCUGAAGUGUCUAUGUCUGAUCGGGAUGGUGGGGAUCGCAUUCAUGAUCGGGCUACAGAACGUGUUCUGGUAUUACAACGUCCGGGAGAAUAUUGAGAUUGAAAAACGCGACUUCAAGGUCCCUGCGGAGGAAGCUUUUGGGGAUACGACGAAGACGUUUCGUACAGUGUUUUGGUCAGUGUUUGGUCGAGGCGAGACGGACGUGGUCACCCUGUCAUUAUAUAACAACCACUUGACGGAGAACUUCGGCUACGUCCUGUACGGCCUGUACAACUUCAUCAUGGUCACCGUCCUCAUCAACAUGCUCAUCGCUAUGAUGGCGCGCUCCUUCCAGGCCAUCGCCGAGGAAGCGGACGUGGAGUGGAAGUUUGCACGGAGCCUGCUCUACCUUGAGUACAUGGGGGAUGGAGAGGUCCUUCCGGUUCCCUUGAACCUGUUACGUGCCCCGCGAGCGUUCAUGGAGUGGCUGUGUGAUUGUUGUGAGGUGUCCGAAGAGUCACUGGAGCCGCCGCCCGUCGAAAACGACCCCUACGGAAGUACCGAGGGACCCGUGGACACCAACGGAGUAAAGCCAAUGAACAGUGUAGCCCAGGUGGCCCGUCACCUGAUGCACAAGUCCUCCUCCCAGAGUGUGGGGUCUCAGCUGUCCCACCUGUCCGCCGUAGACAUAUACGAGGCGAAUAUGACCUCCGUCGGGGACACGCCGCGGAAGGUCGGCCGUCAUCGAGCGCAGCACCGGAACAGCCUACCAGGAUUCCUUGACGGAAAUAAAAGCUAUCAGAAAGUGAUGCAGCGGAUCAUUCAGCGGUACAUAUUCGACAUUCAGAGAGAGGCCGAGGUCACAGAGGACGACUUUGAGGAGAUCAAGCAAGACAUCUCGAGUUUCCGAUACGAGAUGUUGAACGUGAUGAAGUCACGUGAUCUUCGUCUACAGGAACUCAACCGUGCUCUCAUUGACCUGAAAAUGUCAGAUCCCGAAACCAGGCGACAGAAUUGGCGUAGGACGGCAAGCUUGCGGAAUUGGAACCGCCUAAACAGAUCCGACGACCACAUGACCGCCACACAGGAGGAGGCGCCAGAGGAACGGCAGACACACGAUGUGCCGGACAACGGCUACUGCACAGGCGCACCCUCUGACGUCAUUAGUGAGUCGGGCCUUUCCGACGACUUAGAUGGACCGGAAGUGGCGCCCAGUGAGGAUGAUCCCGAUGCGGCCAAGGACGCUUUGGAUAAUGAACAAUUUCCGGAGGAAGAAGAAUCAGAACACAGGGACAUAAGCGGCAAAACGCCGAAUGGACACCCACCCAAAAUGUGCUAUCACAAUGGCGCGUACGAAGAAGAUGAAUAACAAUUAAUCGUACCAACUUUCAGACAUGUUGUGAUCGAAUCAAGACAAAAGGCACUUUUAUCGGAAUAUUGUUCUUUGGUCAAUGUUUUACACCAGCUUCAGACCAUUGAAAUGGCAUAAAAUCCAUGGCAGAGAAAGUUACCUCAAACUCGACGAGACUCCGAUCUAGAGUAACAUGCCUAGAGGCGCCCUUGAUAUGCUGGUGUUGUGUGUAUCUAUUAUAUUACUCUGUAAGACAUGGAAUCAUUUGUCCCAAUGUUACUUAAUUUUUUG